AUGGACACAUGCACCUGUGCUAUGGAACUACUUGGGAUGCUGCUCUUUGUUAGUGCUUGGCUCUGCACUUUGACUACCACUAUCCUACCACAGUGGCUGACCAUGUCUACAGCCCUCCUACCUGUCGAGAGCUACGAUUUGGGACUUUGGGAGACCUGCGUUGUUCAGGACGUUGGGGGCAUGGAGUGCAGAGCUUAUGACAGCCUUCUGGGACUCUCCCAUAAUCUGAAAAUGGCUCGUAUGUUCAUGUGUUCAUCUCUGGGUGCUGGCUUGCUCGGAAUAUUGGUCUCAAUACCUGGACUUUAUAUUAUCAAUACCUGUAAGGACCAAGACGGUGUCCGGACCAAGCGGACUCUGACUGUAAUCGGAGGGGUGCUUGGAAUAGUAGCUGGGGUACUGUGCCUCAUUCCUGUUUGCUAUAUGGCGCAUCUCGCUGUCAUUCACUUCUUUGAUGACAAGGUCCCAGAUGUGGUGCCCCGGUGGGAGUUUGGUGAGGCCCUGUACUGUGGAUGGGUAGGGGGAUUCUUGCUUAUCAUAGCCGGGCUAGUGUUGAUCUUCUCUGGGUCGUGUUCCCAGGAGGAGCCCCAGUCCACGGUGCAGCGGACGUAUCACUUCAUGAACUCUGAUGUUGCCUACAAGAAAAGGCAGGAGUAUGUUUAA